AUGUCGGGCUCCCUCACCCACGUCCUCUUCGAGGGCGCCUCUGGUUACUGCCUCUACGAGGUUAACCUGCAGGAGGAGAUCGCUGCGCGCUCGAAGCAGCUCCAGGACUCCAUCAACGACUACAACACCUUCAACCGCAUGGUGUCCCUCGCCUCGUUCCUCCCCUUCACUUCGGCUGCUCAGGCUCUCGAGAACGCCAAUGAUGUUUCGGAGGGUAUUCUCAACCCUCACCUCAAGUCGCUUCUGACGAUGAUCAUCCCCAGCGAGGGUGCCAAGGGCAACAAGAAGCAGAGCCCUGUUGUUCUCGGUGUUUCUGAGCGUGGUCUCGGUGGUGCUAUCCAGGGCGAGCUUGGCAUCCCCUGUGACACCUCCGAGCGCGCUCUCGAGCUCAUCCGUGGUGUCCGCCUUCACCAGGACAAGUUCCUCGCCAAGGAGGGCCUUGAGAAGGGAGACGUUACCACCGCCCAGCUUGGUCUCGGCCACUCCUACUCCCGUGGCAAGGUCAAGUUCAACGUCAACCGUUCGGACAACAUGAUCAUCCAGGCCAUCUCCCUGUCUGACCAGAUGGACAAGGACCUCAACACCUUCUCGAUGCGCUGCCGCGAGUGGUACGGAUGGCACUUCCCCGAGCUUUACAAGCUCGUUCCCGACGCUCACCAGUACGCCAAGCUCGCCGUCCUCAUCGGCGACCGUGCUACCCUUACCGAGGACUCGAUUCCUGAGAUGCAGGAGAUCCUCGACGAUGACGAGACCCGCGCUCGCAACGUUCUUGACGCCGCCCGUGCCUCUAUGGGAUCUGACAUCUCCGAGGUCGACCUCAUGAACAUCUCCACCUUCGCCGAGCGCGUUGUCCAGCUCGCCGAGUACCGCCAGUCGCUCCGCCGCUACCUCGUUGAGAAGAUGAGCAUCGUUGCCCCCAACCUCUCGGCUCUCAUUGGCGAGACGAUUGCUGCCCGUCUUAUCUCGCACGCCGGAUCGCUUACCAACCUUGCCAAGUACCCCGCUUCGACCGUUCAGAUCCUUGGUGCCGAGAAGGCUCUCUUCCGUGCCCUGAAGACCAAGGGCAACACGCCCAAGUACGGACUGAUCUACCACUCCAGCUUCAUCGGCCGUGCCGGCCCCAAGCACAAGGGACGCAUCUCUCGUUUCCUCGCCAACAAGUGCUCGAUCGCGUGCCGCAUCGACUGCUUCUCGGACGUCCCCACCUCCAAGUUCGGAGAGGCUCUCCGCAACCAGGUUGAGGAGCGCCUCAACUUCUUCGAGACUGGUGCCCCCGUCUCCAAGAACUCGGAUGCCAUCAGCAAGGCCCUGAAGGCGAUCGCCGAGGACCUCGACGACGAGGACGACGAUGAGGACGAGGAGAUUGACGACGUCGAGCUCUCCGAGGCCGUCAAGCAGGUCACCAAGGACCAGGAGGAGGCUGCCAAGAACCGUGGACCGAUGGACCCCGAGCUCUCCAAGAUUGCCGCCGGCGCUACGUCAACGCCGUCCAAGAAGGAGAAGAAGGACAAGAAGGACAAGAAGGAGAAGUCCAAGGACAAGGAGUCCAAGAAGGAGAAGCGCAAGCGCGAGGACUCUGACGACGAGGACGAGGAGAAGAGGCGGAAGAAGGAGAAGAAGGAAAAGAAGGAGAAGAAGGAGAAGUCCAAGGAGAAGAAGGAGAAGAAGGAGAAGAAGUCUAAGAAGUAA